GUCAGGAAGCCGGAGAAAGAACGGCCUGGCGCGGAGGCCAGCAAUCGGAGCGUCCACAUCCCGCGGGAGGGCGAGCAGCGGGUGAGACCGGAGACCCGUCUCCAUGAAUGCCUCGGGUCCUGCCUUGGAAUACUCUGAUGGAUAAGGUCUAGAACUCUUAAGCUUAUUGGCAGAAUAGAAGCAAAUGAAACUGAGCGUUCAUCCACAGCUCUGAGCAAAGGAAGACAUGGGACUUUGAAGGUGAAAGGAGUACGGUGUCGGCCAUGGGUCAGCAAGACACAGCCGGACAAUGUGGACCAAUUUCUUCAAACUACGAGUCUUCUGCUGUCUGUUUGCAGUGCUGAUGGUGGUGGUGUUGGUCGUCAAUGUCACGCAGGUAGAGGAAGCAAGACUCGCCAGGCUCACAGGGUGGUGGGGAAGAACCAAAGCCCAUGUUUUCCUGACUGGGAAAGCCAACAAGACGUGUGUUUUGCUUCCUGCUUCUCACUGCCAUGAGUACUUGGACCAUGAGACGCUGUCGGAGACAUUCAUCGACAGCAGCGGACAGUAUAUUUCCUCCCAGGCUACAGGCAUUACCCGGACUCCGUACUGUGGCUACGAGCACCAGACCCUGUCCAGUCGGGAACGCUCGGAGGAGGACGCCCUGCUCGCUGCCUCGAAGUGGCAGGUGCCUGAUGCGGGGCCUGUCCCGUUUGUGAAGAGCACCGACCCGUCGUCCAGCUACUUUGUCAUCUUGAAUUCUGCAGCCUCUUUCAGGGUGGGGAGCCAGCUGGAGGUGCUGGUUCACGUGCAGGAUUUUCAAGGGAGGCCCAAGAAGUACGGAGGAGACUACCUGCAGGCCAGGAUACACUCGCCUAAGCUGCAGGCGGGGGCCGUGGGCAGAGUGGUAGACUACCAGAAUGGAUUUUACAAAGUGUUUUUUACUUUGCUCUGGCCAGGCAGGGUUAGAGUGUCCAUAUCUCUGGUUCACCCCAGUGAAGGGAUCAGAGUUCUUCAGCACCUCCAGGAAGAGAAACCGGACAGGGUCUAUUUCAAGAGUCUCUUCCGCUCGGGGAGGAUUUCUGAAACCGUGAAGUGCAAUGUGUGUCUCCCUGGAAGUCUUCCCCUGUGCAAUUUUACAGAUCUCUACACCGGAGAGCCCUGGUUCUGCUUCAAGCCAAAGAAGCUCCCCUGCAGCAGCAGAAUCAACCAUUUCAAGGGCGGAUACUUGAAGGGCCUUCUCUCUGCCGCGGACAGUGCUUUCUUUCAGAGCGGUGUCAAUAUCAAAAUGCCAAUCAAUUCCAGUGGACCUGACUCGGUGACUGUGAUUUCAAGGAGAAUAAAAGAAACUGAUGACCUUGAAGUAACCCAAGGAUCAGGAACUUUUCCUUCUGGCUAUUUCUACAAAAACCAGUGGCGGCCCCGAAGGUUUAGGAUGCGCCGUUUCAAUGACCCUGACAACAUUACAGAAUGCUUGCAGAGAAAAAUGGUGUAUUUAUUUGGUGACUCAACAAUCAGGCAGUGGUUUGAAUAUCUCACUACAUUUGUUCCAGAUUUAGUGGAGUUUAAUUUGGGUAGUCCCAAGAACGUGGGCCCCUUCCUUGCAGUGGACCAGAAACACAACAUCUUGCUCAGAUAUCGCUGCCACGGUCCACCCAUCCGCUUCACGAGCGUCUUUAGCAACGAGCUCCAUUACGUGGCAAAUGAACUGAAUGGGAUCGUGGGCGGGAAGAACACAGUGGUGGCCAUAGCUGUAUGGUCUCACUUUAGCACGUUCCCCUUGGAGGUGUAUAUCCGGAGACUCAGGAACAUCCGACGAGCAGUGGUCCAACUCCUGGAUCGAAGCCCCAAGACUGUGGUUGUCAUCCGGACAGGCAAUGCCCAAGAGCUGGGGCCUGAGGUGAGCCUUUUCAACAGCGACUGGUACAACUUUCAACUGGACACUGUCCUUCGGAGGAUGUUUUCAGGAGUUGGUGUCUAUCUUGUUGAUGCCUGGGAGAUGACCUUGGCUCAUCACCUACCCCACAAGCUGCAUCCAGAUGAAGUGAUUGUGAAGAACCAGCUGGACAUGUUUUUGUCUUACGUGUGCCCCUUGGAGACCUGACUGUCCUCAAGUACACUAGAGGAAUCACCUUCAGUGACCUUUCCAGCUGCCCUGCAGUAUGGGAAAUUUGUGAUCAAAUAAACUCCGCUUCGAAACAGAUGCUAUUAACUUGUUUGCCAUUUCAAAGAACAGCUGUACUUUGCAUAAGGACUUGUAAAGAACUCAGGCAUUGCUGACCACAUUUGAAUCUACCUGUAGGAUUUUCCCAUCUUGACUUAGCCAUCAUAGAGUUCUUAUUUACAGCAUCUACACACAGUAUUGCCCUUGUAACCAAAGAUGCCAAUGAGUGGAUGAGAACUAGCUUCUCCUGGGGAGAUGACUGUGCUGAUACCCAUGAGAAGUGUUUGGAUGUAAACAGAAGGGAUUUGGUUGGCAGUGCUGUGUUUGCCGCCUGUCUGGUGAAGGAAAUUGAACCCAUCUAUGUGAACAGCACAAAAUUCUCUCCUUGGGAAUAGAGAGGGAUUUCUGUCAGAGGUUCCUGUGGCUGAAGACUGCCGUAUCUCAGGAGUUUCUAUUGACUUACCUAUUUUUUUCUCAAUUGCUUGUAAAGGCCAAUGUGUGUGGUCAGAAUUUUAUAAUGAGGAUAUUAACAAUUUCCCUCUUUUAUUGAGGAAAGGAGCAAAGUGGAAGAGCAUUAAAUCUCUGCUUUGAAUUGGUACUGGCACUGGAUAAUUAUUUCUUACUUGGUUCACUGAAGUUUUACAUGAUGAAUUCUUAUUCUAGAGUAACGGCUUUUGGAAACAAAUAUGUAAACAGAAGUUUAUUUUUAUGUUCUGAAGCUUGCAGGAUUUAAGAACUGACUUUUAUGUAAAGAAUACCACUGGCCCUCAUAAAAUAGUUUCUCCCCUCAGCAAUUCCAAACCUUCUGUUUUCUUUUGGCUGUCAUGAAGUAUAUGCCGAAAUUAGACGUUAAACCAGAUCAAAAGUUAAUAAAAUUAGAUAUUAAAAUCCAUGACAGCUUUUCUUGGCUUGGACAUAAAGUAUCAUACACAGUGCCUCAUGCUUGGAAGUAAGAAGCAACCAUUUAGCUAUCUGCUAUUCCUUCUGGCUCUUUGGACCCAUGGCCUUGUGCACAGUAGGCAGUUGUGUCUACCAACUGAGUUACAUUCCUGACCCAUUUCCAGACACCCAAAAAUAACAGGAUUGGCCACUUUAUUGGACUUUGUCUUAUUAAUAUCAAAUGAUUUUAAAUUAAAUUUAGGAUCAUUUAAUGAGUAGCUUUUGCAUUAUGAGAGGUUACAGUUUGCUUUUGCUUUCCUUGAACAGACACAUAUGAACACUCGAAUAGCUUGGGAGACAGAAAAAUGCCCACUCUUAAAGUAAGAAAAAUACUCACCUUCCAGGAUUUGGAAGAUUUGGGCUUUUAAUGCAGAGGACUUAAGUCAUUCCUUUCCUGCUCUUGGGAACCAUUACAUUUGUGAAAUAAUUUGUGGGGAAAAGUUUUAUAAUUGUUUCUGGAGUCUGAACAGGACCAGUGAAGUUAAAUAUAUUAUUAUUUCUUAGUUUUUGCCAUACUGAAGCUUGAACCUGCUAGAACCUUGUACAUGCUAGAUAAGCAAUCUACCACUGAGCUAAACUCCUAGUAGUUCUUCUCCUUCUCCUCUUCUUUCUCCUCUUUCUCAUCCUCCUUCUUCUUUUUCAAAUUUUUUAUUUUAAGAGAAGUUCUCCAUAAAAUCACAGGCUGGUCUUGAACUUGCUUUGUAGCCUACAUGGGCUUAAAUUUUUCAUCUUCGUGUAUUAGCCUUCCCAGUAACUGGACCUAUAGACUGUGCCAUCAGCCUGGUUAAAAUAGCUAGUUUUAAGCCAGGAGUGGCGACACACUUGGGAAACAGAGGCAAGUGGGUCUCUGAGUUUGAGCCUAGCCUGGUCUACAGAGUGAAUUCUAGGACAACUAGGGAUACAUAGAGAAACUCUGUAUCAGAAAACAACAACAACAACAACAACAACUCAUCUUAAAUGGUCCUUUAAUGAAUUAGGGACCAUACCUCCAAGGAUUAUGUAAUAAACCUUUGUGAUAAAUGCCCAGGGAUUCUUAUAAUAGUUGUAGGGUCCCACACUUUGAGAAACAGUGACAAAGAAAAGAUUGAUCUAGAGAAGAAAUAUUGCUUAUCUAUUAUUUCAAGGCUUCAUCAAGUGUUUAAUUCUGGUCAUGAUUCAAUAAUUUGGGUGAUAUUAGCUUCACUUUUCACAGAAGAAUUAAAGUUUGAAUUGGAGUCAGGGACAUGGAGUCCACGUCCUGCUUAGUGUAGCUUGCUUGACUUCCAUAAGGAGAUGUUAUGGUUUGAGAACUUGUGAACACUUCCUUAAGGAUGAUUUUGGGAGGAGGCUGAGAUGUUAUUUUCCCAGUGAAAUUUUCAGGACUGCCUGCUAUUGGUUUACAGCAAUUUAUUACCAUGGCUGAUUCCUUAUGACCUUGUGUAGUUUUUGCUUUUAAGUUUGGUGGCACAAGAUCCUAACACUUUGAUGGCAGUUUCUUGAACCUUUCAGUCACCUUCAUCCCGCUUUUGCCUUUUAUGCUCUGGUGUGUAAAUUUUUAUAGACAUUAAAAUGUUACCCAAAUGUUUCCAAGAGAAGUCAAUAAAGGUUGAGUGAAAAUCCAGAAUCUUCCAAAAUCUAACGCUUUCAAAUACAUCACAAGUGGGAAGGCUUUACCUGAGAUUAUGUGAUGGGUCCCACUCAAAAGACAGAUGCGGGGCUGGAGAGAGUGCUCAGGUUCAGAGUGCUUGCUGCUGUUCAGAGGGCUGAGUCUGAGUCCCAGCACCCAUGCCAAGGGGCUUACAAACCACCAGUGACUGAUGCUCCACAUGCAUUCAGGGUACCUGAAUCCAUGUAGCAUUCACUCACAGUGACACACACACACAUAUGCACACACACUUUUAAUUCCAGCUCUUGGAAGGCAGAAACAGGCAGAUCUCUGUGGACUCAAGCCCAGCCUGGUCUAUAAAGUUCUUCAUAAACUAGAGCUAUAUGGUGAGACACUGUCUCAAAACAAAAUAAAACAAAAACAAAAGCAAGCAAGCAAGCAAACGAACAAACCAAAAUCAAAACCCUCAAACCAAAUAUAUACAAGAAGAAUAAAAAGAAGACUAAAAUAAUCUUUAGAAACCAGACAUACUAAACAUUAUAUAACAUUUCCUUCAACCUAUAGAGGUAAAGUAUAUAUGAGGCAUACAUUUCUACUUGGGUUUCUGAGACAUUAAUGAGUUAUAUACAUAUGUGUAUGUAAAUACACACACACACACACACACACAC